UAAAAAGAAACUGGAAAAAAACCCGAAACUAAGGGAAAAAAGGAAAGAAAAAAUCUUCCAUCUACAAGGCUGAAGCAAACUCUCGAGCCUCAACCUUGAAAUUUGCUGGUUCUUAAACCCUCAAGAAAUAACCGGAUGCUUUGUUGUAGAUAUGCUCUGCCACUCGUUACUAAAAGAUUGGAAUCAGUUAAAAUUAACCAGAGACCUAGGAAUACCGUGGUAUGCGCUGCUAAAGGUCCAAGACCUCGGUAUCCUCGGGUAUGGAAAUCAAGGAAUAGAAUUGGGACUGUCUCUAAAUCAGCAAAGCUUGUUACUUGUGUUAAGCAACUGUCAAAUGUCAAGGAGGAAGUUUACGGGGCUCUCGACUCCUUUAUUGCAUGGGAACUAGAGUUCCCUCUAAUUACAGUUAAGAAAGCAUUGAAGAUCCUACAGAACGAACAAGAAUGGAAGAGAAUAAUUCAGGUGAUAAAGUGGAUGUUAAGCAAAGGUCAAGGAAGAACAAUGGGAACGUAUUUCACCUUACUGAAUGCCUUAGCGGAGGAUGGGAGACUUGAAGAGGCUGAAGAGCUGUGGGUCAAACUAUUUUCUGAUAAUUUAGAAAGCACCCCACGUAUUUUCUUUGAUAAAAUGAUUUCUAUUUAUUACCACAAGGACAUGCAUGAGAAGAUGUUUGAGGUAUUUGCUGACAUGGAAGAGCUUGGUGUCAAACCAAGUAUAUCAGUUGUUUCAAUGGUUGGAAAUACCUUCCAAAAGUUGGGCAUGUUGGACAAGUACGACAAAUUAAAAAGGAAAUAUCCUCCACCAAAAUGGGAAUACCGGUACAUCAAGGGAAAGCGUGUCAAAAUUCAAGUGAAGCAGCUACAGGAAUUUGAUAAAAAGGCCAAAGGUGUCACUGAGGACAAGGAAACUGAAGAGAAUUCGAGUUUAGAGCAUGAGGAAGCAGAAGCAAGUUCAAAUAAAAUUGCCAAAGGUGUCACUGAGGACAAUGAAACUGAAUGGAUUAUGAGUUUCAAGCAUGAAGAACCAGAAGCACAAUCAAAUUACAUUCACUGCUGAAGUUGAUAUAAUUUCAUGAUUAAUCAAUAGUCUUAUAUCCAGCAAGCCUUGGCUGUGAUACUGAAAUACAAUAUAUUCGAUCUCAGGAGCAUGUUAAGGAAGGUUGUAUGACAAGAAUGAAAAAGCGUUUCUCAUGUCAUGUUAUUUUGUAUCAGCACUCUCCUUAUUGUGCUAGGUUUCUUCUGGGCUUCAUGUAAAACAUAAGUAGGCUGUAGGAUAGUAAGAAAUGUUUCUUCUUUCUCUUAUAUGGACAACUGAAAAGAACUUGCAAAAGUUGAUUGAAUAAAUGAUCCAAAGUUAUUAA